AUGGGAGCAGGUGGUGGAUCUGACAUACUCCCUGCGCCUCGGAGCAAAACCCAGGCCCAUGGAGCAGGAUGAGGCUGCGGUAGAGAAGCUUCGGUUUGUGCCUCCAACAUGGACUUAUGAAUGUGAUGAAGACCUGGUGCAUUUCCUGUAUGAUCACAUUGGGAAGGAGGAUGAGAACUUGGGCAGUGUUAAGCAGUAUGUGGACAGCAUCGAUGUGUCAUCCUACACGGAGGACUUCAAUGUGUCAUGCCUGACCGACAGCCAUGCCGACACGUACUGGGAGAGUGAUGGGUCCCAGGGCCAGCACUGGGUGCGGCUCAACAUGAAGAAAGGCACCAUUGUCAAGAAGCUGCUGCUGACAGUGGACACCACAGAUGAGAACUUCAUGCCCAAGCGCGUUGCUGUGUAUGGGGGCGAGGGGGACAAUCUGAAGAAACUGAAUGACGUUGGCAUUGAUGAGAGCUACAUUGGGGAUGUGUGCGUGCUUGAGGACAUGACAACACACCUGCCUGUCAUUGAGAUUCGGAUUGUGGAGUGUAGAGAUGAUGGGAUUGAUGUUCGUCUCCGAGGCAUCAAAAUCAAAUCCUCCCGACAGAGGGACUUGGGGCUCAGUGCUGACAUGUUCCAGCUGCCCAAUUUAGUGCGCUACCCUCGCCUGGAAGGGACAGACCCUGACCUGCUGUACCGACGGGCCGUGCUCAUUCAGAGGUUCAUCAAGCUCCUGGACAGUGUCCUGCAUCACUUGGUGCCAGCCUGGGACCAUACUGUUGGCACAUUCAGCAAACUCAAGCAUAUCAAGCAGUUCCUGCUGCUGUCCAAGAGGCGCACAGCUCUCAUUACCCAGUGCCUGAAGGACUCGGAGACCAGCAAGCCUAAUUUCAUGCCGCGGCUCUAUAUUAACCGCCGCCUGGCCAUGGAGCACCGAGACAACCCUGCCCUGGACCCCAGCUGCAAGAAUGCUGUCUUCACCCAGGUAUAUGAAGGCCUGAAACCCUCAGACAAGUUUGAAAAGCCUCUAGAUUAUAGGUGGCCAUUGCGUUAUGACCAGUGGUGGGAGUGCAAAUUCAUCGCAGAGGGCAUCAUCGACCAAGGUGGCGGUUUUCGGGACAGUCUGGCAGACAUGUCAGAGGAGCUGUGUCCCAGCUCAGCAGACACCCCUGUGCCUCUGCCCUUCUUUGUGCGCACGUCCAACCAGGGCAAUGGCACUGGAGAAGCCAGGGACAUGUAUGUCCCCAACCCCUCCUGUAAAGACUUCCCAAAGUACGAAUGGAUUGGGCAGAUCAUGGGAGCGGCUCUGAGGGGCAAGGAGUUUCUGGUCCUGGCUCUUCCUGGCUUCGUAUGGAAACAAUUAACAGGGGAGGAAGUUAGCUGGAGCAAAGACUUCCCUGCUGUGGACUCCGUGUUGGUGAAGCUCCUGGAGGUGAUGGAAGUCAUGGACAAAGAUACCUUUGAGUUCAAAUUUGGGAAUGAGCUGACCUACACAACAGUGCUAAGUGACCAGCGCAUGGUGGAGCUGAUCCCCAAUGGCAGCAACACUGUGGUGCGCUAUGAGGACCGCAGGGAGUUCAUCCGCCUGGUGCAAAAGGCUCGGCUGGAGGAAAGCAAGGAGCAGAUCAUGGCCAUGCAGGCUGGGCUGCUCAAGGUGGUGCCCCAAGCUGUUCUUGACCUGCUUACCUGGCAGGAACUGGAAAAAAAGGUCUGUGGAGAUCCUGAAGUCACAGUUGAUGCCCUGAAGAAGCUCACCCGGUUUGAGGACUUUGAGCCACUGGACACCCGUGUUCAGUACUUCUGGGAAGCACUCAACAACUUCACCAACGAGGAUCGUAGCCGCUUCCUCAGAUUUGUCACUGGCAGAAGCCGCCUUCCAGCACGGAUCUACAUCUAUCCAGACAAGAUGGGCUCUGCGACGACAGAUGCUUUGCCAGAGUCAUCCACCUGUUCAAGCACUCUCUUCUUGCCCAACUAUGCCACAGCCAAGGUAUGUGAAGAGAAGUUGCGCUAUGCUGCCUAUAACUGCGUGGCCAUUGACACAGAUAUGAGUCCAUGGGAAGAGUGAUGUUGCAGCCAGACCAAGCAGCAUGGACAGUUGCUCAAGAAAACUGUGCAGUGGGAAGAGCUCCCUUGUCCAUCCAGGAUGUGUAUAUAAUAAACAAAUAGGUGUGAA